AACAUAAAAGGAAGGAAGGAGCCCCAGUUGCAGAUAUAGAGACCAGAGAGGAAGAGUAAGAGAAAUAAAAGAUACGCAGCCGACGAAGUCCCAAGAGAGGACAUGUGGGCAAGGCUUUCUCCUCGGCUCGUCAAACUCACCUCCCACUUUCUGACGAGUGCCGCCGACUACCUUAGCUUCCGGGCCGUCUGCAAGCCGUGGCGCUCCGCCCUCCCCCUUCGGCCUAGCCACCUGCACACUCAGCUCCCCUUCCUCCUCCUCCUCUCCCCCUCGGAACCAAGAAUCCGCUCAGCCUUCCGCCUCUCGGCCGCCUCCUACUCCGGAAGCAUUCGCCCGCUCCCUAACACCGUCAACAAGUUCUGCAUUGGCUCCUCCUUCGGGUGGCUCAUCCUCAUCUGCGAGGCUUCCUCCGUUGUCUCCCUCUUCAACCCCAUCACCGCCGAAGAGAUUUCGCUCCCCAGCCUCUCCACUCUCCCGGCCGACGUGCUGAUCUCGUCCGCCCAAUCCGAGGACGGCGUCAGAAUGUACACCGUCAAGACGGACUGCCACAAUCUUCCGGUCGAGUCCGACGCCAUCGUCGACAAGGCUGUCUUGUCGUCCGACCCCACCCUCGACCGGGACUUCGUGGCCAUCGUCUUCCUCAACGAUGUGCACAAGAAAUGCUUUUCGUGCCGACCAGAUGACCCGUCGUGGAGGGCGAACGUCAACGGCCCUAUCUUGGACCUCUAUUUCUUUGCCCCCGGAAUACGAUUUCUGUUCCGUUUGGUCGACGUCGUGCCCUACGGCACGAGGAGGCUGUGCGCCGUCUACGAUGACACUGAGAUGUUGGGGAUUUUCGACGUCGAUCCAGGCCCGCCGGGGAGGGUGACGAUGAUCGCAUGUGAUGUCAUGCCUAUCAGCGUGCCGCAGAAUCGUUUACCCUCCUACUUGGUUCCGUCGGCCGGAGAACUGCUGCUGGUUACCGGGUGCUCCAAGAGGACUGCAGACGGGAGGGACAUCGAGAGCUUCCGCGUCUUCUGGCUCGACCCAGGAGACUGGAACAGGGACGCGGAGGCCGUCGAGGUGGACGACAUCCACCUCAUCAGAGACCGCAUCUUUUUCUUGGGCACCAGCCACUCGGUGUCGGUCGAUGCUGGGGACUACCCGGGGUUCGAGGGGAACAACAUGUACUUCGUGUACCGAGACGAGGUGACCGAGGAGGAGGAAGAGUCGGUGUUCAGCAUCGGCUUGCUCAGCCUGGGAGACGGUGAGAUCAGAGUCAUCGCCGAUUCGAACCAGGCUGAGGGGCAAAGGUUCGAGUGGCGGUCUGACGGGUCGGACGCUACUUGGUGGCUGUCCCCUAAUCUUCGCGGCCGCUACGAGUAG